GUCAGCGUUUGUUCGGGGAGACAAUCCUAGGGCUAACACAAGGCUCUGUCUCAGACCUGCUGGCUCGCCCGAAGCCCUGGCACAAGCUGAGUUUGAAGGGACGGGAACCCUUCGUCCGCAUGCAGCUGUGGCUGAACGAUCCCAACAACGUGGAGAAGCUGAUGGAUAUGAAACGAAUGGAGAAAAAAGCCUACAUGAAACGGCGGCACAGCUCCGUUAGCGACAGUCAGCCUUGCGAGCCCUCGUCCGCUGGGAUAGACUACAGCCAGGGAGCCAGCCCGCAGCCGCAGCACCAGCUGAAGAAGCCCCGGGUGGUGCUGGCACCGGAAGAGAAAGAAGCUCUGAAACGAGCCUACCAGCAAAAGCCAUACCCAUCACCAAAAACCAUUGAGGAACUCGCUACGCAGCUCAACUUGAAGACCAGCACCGUGAUCAACUGGUUCCACAAUUACAGAAGCAGCAGGGCCGCCCACAGCUCCGAGGGAGACAGCUGCGACGGCGUGGACGCCGAAGGCGCGCCGGACGGAAAGCCGAGUGGCCCGGAGGCGGAUGAGUAUGGCAGUGCAACCACAAAGUCUCAGGGAGGGCCAGCGGAGUCGGCUUUCGAGGCGGGGGAAGAGGCACCGCACGGCGCCAGGUCUGCGGAGAAAGCGGAGCCUUUCCAAGCGGAGAGCCUGGAGGACACCGACGACGAGGGCAGGCUCAGAGCGCCGCGCCAGAGCUCUCCGCCGGCGUCGCAGCGCCUGGGAGAAGCUUUGGAGACACUGCCAAACUCUGCCACGGAAGGGGAUGCCUCUACCUCAGCUGCCUCCGCCUCAGUCCUUACGGGGGAGGGCUCCUGCAAGGCGAAAGAAAAUUCGGAGAAAAUCUCCAGUGUGCCAAGUACGAGCUCGACGCCGGCCGCAGGCUCGCAGAAAGCCAACUCCCUUCAGAGCUUGUUCGGCUUCUCCGAGGCGGCGAGCUCCCGGAACACGCGAGACAGCUCCUUGAGGAAAAAGAAAGCGGCGAACUUGAACAACAUCAUCCACCGCUUGGAGAAAGCCGCGAGUCGGGAAGAGGCCGUCGAGUGGGAGUUUUGA